GUCACCUGUGUAUAUUGUGUUGAGUUACCAGGGGAUAAAAUAAGAAGUGGCAGUAGCCGUGAUGUACAGACGGGAGAAGUCCCUUACCGCAAAGUCCAGCACAUCGGCACUAUGCGGAAAUUUGUCUGUGUUCGUCAACAAGGAGAAGAAUUUGUUAAAUUAUGCAGUUGUCCACAAGUCUGACGUGAACAUCGUGUCCGCGUCGACGGACGGCUCGACGGCCACUCACAGACAGGUGUCUUGCAAAGAGCCGUCUGCAGCCUACAGUACUGUUAUGGUCAUGCAGGCUAAGUGGGUAGAGUUACCAGUGAAGACGAUUCUUGUGAUAACAUCUCAAAGAGGAAUUUUGAUGUAUGAAGGUGAUGGAUCAUUUAUGUUGUACUGGCAUGCUGUAGAGGGUGCAAAUGAUGAAGGUGAAUCUUCAUUUGCAAGAGGAAUCAGUGGUUUUCAAGAGAAUACUGUAUGUGUGGGGACUUACACAGGUGAAAUUCUGGUGUUUGAUGUACCCUCCAGAGGCACAAAUGUUACAUUAGCAGAUGUAUUGAAAGGCCAUAAGACUCCUGUGUGCGACAUAACCUCUGACAAAGACAGGUUAAUCAGCAGUGAUGAAGAGGGAACCAUUGUAGUGUGGAAAUGCUCUAAGGAAAAGCUUCAACAGGCGGUCAGGAUAAAGGGCUCUGGGUACCCAUGCUCCAGUCUAGCUGUGUGGAAGGACAUUGUGGUUGGUGGAUAUGGGUCAGGUCACAUCAGAAUAUUUAGCAUUACAACAGGCAAGAUGGCGGCUGAGGUGGCCGCACAUGCUCGAUGGAUUAAUUCAGUGGAUGUUUCUCCAGACACUGGCUUGGUUUUAUCUGCCAGUGAGGAUUCCUUUGUGCGAGUGUGGCAGCUAUCAGCUGGUGAAGUCCCUGAAAUCCAGCAUAAGUUUUCUGAGUGUGUGACAGACCUUCAGUUGGCAGGAGGUCAGUUUAUAGAGCCAGCUGGAAGAGCCUUUUGUGUGACAGGAUAUGACAGUCCUGAACUCGUCUUCUUUGCCAAAAACUGAUACAUACAUGUACUCCCUGAAACUUCUCAACUUUGCCCAUCUCAUCAUCUGAGUGCAUUCCCAGUUUUGCAUCAGAGACAUUUCUUAUGGAGCAUGUAACUUUAUUGUUACCAUGAUGUCAUCAUCAUGUUAAGUGAAAUCCUGUGUAGGUUGCUUUGUUGGAUAUGUGUUUUGGACGAUGUGUGAGCAUAUCCUGUUGAUUAACAUUGUUUAAUAAUGGAUUUUGUAAAGGUGCUUAUGCAGGUACUUGUAGUAAUACAUGUCAUAUGGUGAAUUGUGGUUUUAAUUGUGAGAAUUGUUUUUAAUAUUCCUGUAACAGUCAGAAUUAAGCCUCUGAGGGUUUUGGACAGUUAAGGGUAGAUCCUUAUGAAUUUGACAAAGCGCUUGUACACUAUAUCUUGAUACCAUAUUGUAUUGAAGAAAUUGAUAUCAUAUUAUAUCAAAGAAGUUCCAGGUAAAUGUGAUGGUAAAUAUGCAGUCUUUAAGAUUAGUGCCUUUUUGUGGUUAUGUAUUUGUUAUGGGACCAAACAGUUUUACAGCUAAAUUUUAAAUGUCUUUCAUGACUGUUAAAUCAUGCCCUUAGACAGGUCAGCUUCAAGGCAAGCAGUGCCUAAAAAGUCAAAAGCGGAACUUCACCUAAACUUUUUGAAUGCAGUUUUCAGAUCCCUAAUCAUGAUUCCGUAUUUGCCCUGUUUGCGUUUUAUAUUCAAGUCCAUGCUGACAAAUGUGCACUUAUUAGACAAGACUUUAGAGUAGUUUGGAACAGGAAAGUACAAAUAGUUAAGUACUGUCACUAAUGUCUCUGGAUGUGGUGUUGAUUACUGGGACUGGCACGUUGGGUUUUCAACAUACAUGUACUUUAUUAAAUGACCUGUGAACAAUGUUAAAAUUUAGAGCAGAACAAUUAGGAUUGAUCUAUUUUCAGUUUCCUAACAAGCCAGGCAUAUAAUGUAAUUUGAUUAGUUUGAUGAGUUAUUUAUGUUACCAAAUGUUAUAUUUGUUAUAUAGGCCUUCAUGCAGAAUCCGUCCCUUAUUGCUGUCAGAUAUGCAUGCUGCAUCCGUCCUUGUGAAGUGACUUAACACCUGCCUGUGUAAAGGCAGUCUUAGAGAUUCAUUGAUAAUGGCGUUUGAUACUUGUUAUUUGCCCUCCUCUCUUCCAAGGGGUAGCUGUUUUCUAUCCACCAGUCUGUACGUCCUUUUGUUGAUGUUCAAAGUCUUGGCCAGGCAAUAUCUCAGUGAAUCUAAAUCUGGUAGGUGGUGUAAAUCUUGUCUAGACUGAUGUCAAACAGAUAACAACUAAACACUAUCCAGUUGUAACUGACUUGUUUGAUUCAGCAUUUGUCUAAACAUAACCUACAUGAAAUGUUUUCAAGGCCACACAUCUAUGUUGGCUGCUGUCGGCAGCCUGAAAAUUAAUAUACACACCUUAGGCACAUGACACUAGUUGUGCACCUGUUUAACGAAACUGCUUUUCAGAUCUAAUUCAAGCUAAGAAGUGUAUAUCAUUCUCUUUACCUUUCUAGGUGCAUAUGAUGUGUUUCAUUGUGUUGUAAAUGGGCGAAGUGUAACAUUAUCUUGAAAUGUUAUUGCAUUGUGCUUGAAAGUGUGUGUUUAACCUUUGUUCAUAUUUUGUGAUAUAUUCAUGUUGAUAUUGUUUUCGUCUGUAAUUAUACAUGUUAUAAUAUAUUUUCUUUACAUCA